UCUCUCUCUCUCUCUCUCUCUCUCUCUCUCUCUCUCUCUCCCUCCUGCGCUGCGUGACUGCGUCCUCCUCGUCGCGCCCGGCACCAUCCUGGCUUCUGCACCGCCGCGCGCCGUGGAGCAGAGAUCCGGCCCGGGGCGUCGGGCCAUGAAUUGAUCCCCUCGUCUAAUCCCCUGGCAUCGAGGAGGAGCGGCGCGCCGCCGCAGUCGGCGGGAUGUCGUCGUCCAGCUCGCCGUGCGCGGCGUGCAAGCUGCUGCGGCGCAAGUGCACGCAGGGGUGCGUCUUCGCGCCCUACUUCCCGCCCGACAACCCGGCCAAGUUCGCCAACGUGCACCGCGUCUUCGGCGCCAGCAACGUCUCCAAGCUCCUCAACGAGCUCCCGCAGGCGCAGCGGGAGGACGCCGUCAACUCGCUCGCGUACGAGGCCGAGGCGCGCCUCCGGGACCCCGUCUACGGCUGCGUCUCCUACAUCUCCGUCCUGCAGCUCAGGAUCAAGCAGGCCCGCGACGACCUCGCCGCCGCGCGCAAGGAGCUGGCCGGAUACAUCGGCCCCGCCGCCUUCGCGCCCUUCGUCGCCCCGCCGCAGUACCACCACCACCACCACCACCAGUACGCCGGCGUGCCCCUCGCCGCCGGGAUGGGGCUCGGCGUCGGCGUCGCGCAGCCGCAGCACGGGCACGGGCACGGCCACCCGCACCAGCAGAUCAUGGUGCAGCACCAGCAUCUCCACCACCAGCAGCAGAUGGCCGAGGCGCAGCAGCUGGCCGCCGCCGUCGAGGUCGCCAGGGAGCAGGACCUCAUGAUGAGGCAGGCCGCCGCCUACGCGCACGCCGUGCCAGGGAGCAGCGCCGGCGCCACGGUCGCCGUCGUGCCGCCCGAUGCGGUACCGUACGAGGGUGGUUUCCUCUUCCAGCAGCAGCAACCGCAGCCGUCGCAGGCGCAGACGGCCGUGGCGCUCACGUACCAGAUGGAGCAGUCCCCGCCGCCGUCGUCGUCGGGCCAGUCGCACCCGGAAGUGUCGCACCAGCAGAAUACGGACGGCAGCGACGAGGGCAGCGGUGGCGGCGGCGUGCCGCCGGCCUGAUCUGACGGUCGGCCGGGCGGCCGCGUGCCUCUGAUUUGUCCUUUCUUUAGCCCUUUUGUUUUCCUUGGUGUUACUUGUUCGUUAUGAUUUUUUUUCCCGUCUUCUUCAUCAUAUGGCGUCGGCAUCGAUCUAGGAUCCGUUCUUCCCAAAGGCAGGCGAGAUGGAUCCUUCUCAAGGUUCCUCGUGAUCAGUUGCCUUUCUUCCUCAAGAGUUAGAGCCAAAUAAAUGCAAGACAGAAGGAGUGGUAGGAAAUGGGGACAGAUACUCAUCAUGGAUCAGUGUAACACAGAUAAAUUAAUGGUGGGAAGGUGGAGAGAUGGGGUAGUAGAGGUAGACAGACACAGCAGAGAGAAGCAUGCACGGUGUACUGCAGUGCAGGAGGGGAGCAGCAAAUGGUGAAGUGAGAUAGUAGAGAAACAAAAUGCAUGCAAACUAAAGGUGUAUGCACUUUGCAGGAGGGAGCAGCAAGCAUGAAUAAAGAAGUUAACAAGAACAGUAGGAGCAGCUGAACAUAUAUCUUCGGUCACAUGUGCAUUUGUUGUUCAACCAUACGUAUCUUCUUUUCACCUUUUCAGCGCGGUUAUUAUUAGCAAUCUUUCGCCUUUCCUUUCUUUUUCCUUUUUUGUUAGUUUCUCACUCGUAAAUUCGUUCUGCCAUCUUGUGUAUAAGUGAAUAGAAGCCUUUAUCUGGACAUAAAUAGACGGAGCUAGUCAGUUUCUUUGUGACAUUAUCUUUUUUUUGCUGGAUUAUUCGGUAGCCUUCAUGCCUAUGGAUAGGGGGA